UGGCCCCUCUCUAAUCUGGCUUGCCCGUGAUCCGAUCUGUCCGUGCUCUCGGUGGAUCUCGGUCCUCGCAUGGUGGAUCUCGCCGUUGACUGGCGCUUUGUUUGUCUUCUUGUGGUGCGUUUCGUAGCCGAGGCGCCGCCCGGGUGGAGACGCGGAACGGGCUGAUGUUCUUCUCGGGCAAGCGCUCGUGGGCCGGGCGAGGAAUCUAAUCGUACUUUUGCUUUGUCUCGCUAGUGAAUUGAUUUUGUCCCCUUGUGUUGAGUUCGUUUGUGGUGGAUGGAUGGAUGGAGUGAGGUGGACUCGGUAGUCUACUGCGGUUGGUUUUGUGUGAGUGGAAAGAUUCUUGAUCACUCACUCGUAGCUGACGCUAACUUGUGAUGAUCUGGCAAGUGCAAGAUGGCGUCGAAGAAGCAAACCUAUUGCGAUGUUCCUUCGUUGUAACUCGGUUGCUCGUUGUACAAGAUGAGUAAAUCGAGCUUGAAUUGCGAUUUAAUACUGUACUGUUGCUGCCCAAGUUGUUGGUAGCAUGGGCGAUCGCUUGCAAGAUUCCUCAAGAUGCAAACACGUGUGGCACGGAUCAAAAAGAUAAUGCAAGCAGAUGAGGAUGUUGGCAAAAUUGCGCUGGCUGUGCCUGUUUUAGUUUCGAGAGCCCUUGAAUUGUUUCUGCAAGAUUUGAUUGACCGCUCAUACAAAAUUACUCUUCAAAGUGGUGCAAAGACACUGAAUUCCUUCCACCUAAAGCAAUGUGUGAAGAGGUACAGCUCUUUUGACUUCCUAACUGAGAUUGUCAACAAGGUGCCGGAUCUUGGUGGCGGUGAAUCUUGUGGAGAUGAAAGAGGAUUACCCAGAAGAAGGAAAUUUUCAAAUGGAAGCGACCCAGAGAAUGAGGAGCCCCGAUCUAGCAAAAUGCCCAUAAGAAGCUUGAACACUAGUCCCAGAGGACGAGGCAGAGGUCGAGGAAGAGGGCGAGGGCGGCCUCCAACCAAGAGAAAGGAAAUUGGUUAUGUACAGUUUGAGGAUGAGAGCAGCAUGUUUGCUGAACAAAGUGAACCCUUGCCAGGAGAUGAGAUAGUUCCAGAGACCAACCGUGGCAAUGAGAGUAUUCCCCAAAGCUCACAUCCUCUAGUGGAGGCUCCAUCAGCCGCGACGCCAGCUGUGAUUUCAAAGGUUGAAAAAGCUAGCACCAACCAUCAGCCAGAUUUGCCUAUGCCAGAUGCCAUUGGAGGCAUUGGUGUUGGACCAUCCAGUUUUGGACAUCUGACGGUGCAGGUUGAUGAGGAAGAGGACUACGAUAAUGAGGAUUAGGCAUAGUCAUCCUCUCAUUCAUCAUAUGCUCUAACAGGACAGUUCUCCUGGUGUUGUACAUUGUAAAUAUUGUUUCAAGUAGUUACCGCAGCUAUGAUGUGUAACCUAUUUCUUUUUCCCAAUAAUUGGUUUCGAGUUGCCUCGCACUGUUGACUUAACUGACUAGGAUGUGCUAAAUUUAACCCUGUAUUUGACGGUUGAAGCAGUGAUAUUCUGUCGUCCUGUUACAUUGUACAUGUUGUAACCAGCAGUAAUUAUUUCUAGUA